AAUGCUUAGUUGUGGGCCAAUGGGCUUUUGCCGGGUAAAUUGAGCCCAAAAUUAUAUCUUAGGUACCAAAUAUGGAAUCGACCACCAAUUAAAAAUAGCAUUCUUGCAGUUCCAAUUGCUUUUAGAAGCGAUCUGUCGCUGAUCCAAUCACAGCAGCGUACGUAUCUUUGUCAGUGUCAAAGGUCACUCGCGCUUUGGCUACUUGUACUUAGCUAGCCCGCCGCGCUGAUACGGGAGUCCUCGUUCUACUGCCAUGUGCUAGAGUUUACGCGUACAAAACCCUUGGAGUUGGGGAAGUGAAACUUAUCGUGUUUGUCAUUUAGCCACAAUGACAUCCGUCGGUUUAACUUUUGUGGUGAUUUGCGCCUUGGCCAGUAUCUGCGGGGUCGCUCAGGCAAAGGGCAAAUAUGCAGAAAGCGCAAAUACCCAGGACAACGUCAGCGACAGGUUUCGGACCAGGGUCGUCCAGCAAGUUUGGGAGAAAGCUCACCGGAUGAACUUUCCGCCAAAGAAGCUAGAAGAGCUGAGUCAUGUGUUGCAGCAGCACGACGUCAAGAUGCUGCAGCUCAAGAAACACCAGCAAGACGGUGGCGAUCCCGAAGGAGAGACAGAGGCCCUCUUGAGGCGAAGGUUGUCAGACAUCAUGCGGAAGUUUGGAAUCAUUCCCCCCGAGGGCGAGGACCCCAGACGGGCGAAAGAUUUUGGCCAGAAGAGAGACAUGACGGGGGAAGAGUUCAAAGACCACCGGCUAAACAAACUGUGGAUGAAAGCGCAGCAGUCCCCCAAUUUCAACACGCUGGAGCUAGAUCAACUCAAGGAGGAGUUGACCCACCACCAAGAGAAAGUGAACCAGUUUGAGCAGCUCUCCAGUCAGCUGUACAGCGACAGAACCAGAGAUGCCAAUCGGGUCGACAGGGACAAGAAGACGAUGGACCCAGACGAGCGGUCAGUCCUGGAGCUGGACCUGAAGAUUCAGCACCGCGAGCUGACCAACGACUUCCAGCGCCUGUCAUCCAAGCUGGUCCCUGACCAGCACAAGGGGGAGUUCCAGGAGCCCCGGGUCGUUAACCUCUGGCGAGAGGCUCUGUUUGCCAAUUUCACCGAGGAGGAGCUGGAAUCUAUAAGCACGGAACUGAAACAUUUCGAGGCCAAGCUCACCAAGUUUGAGGACUUGCAGGUGCAGUCUCUUCACGCCGAGAAAGAGUACCGGGUGGCCAAGAAACUCGGGGAGACCACCGACGCCAAGAAGCACAAGUCACUCAGGGACGAGGCCAGGGAGUUGGGGAACUCGGUUCAUACAUUUAUGAAUGACAUGCGAGGCCGCAUCCAACGAAACAGAGAUCGUGCUGACGAACUUUAACGUGCCCUCCAUGCAACGUGGCAUUUGCAAAGACAGCAAUCGUCAUCUGCCACCGUUUACUUAGUUAUGGAUGCAAGAGGAAUUUCUUUAUAUUUGACAGAAAUAUUGAAUUGCCUUUCUCCACUUUUGUGUGUAUUGAUAAUUUUAGCCAGCAUAAUAGCGAAUAUUUUAGAUUUUUCCUUCAAUCUAUUUUCAGCAAUUUCAUUCAGCAUUGCCACAAUUUUGCCUUAUUUGAGGCCUUGAGGUGAAGUUAUUUUGGGGUAAAAAGUGAUUACUUACGUAAAUGAAGUACUUAUAACCACUGUCCAUUUACUGUCAAGUUGGAAAAUUGUAUUUUGUAAAAAUGCAGCAUUGCAACAGAAAUGCUGAUUGGUUGCUUUUUUUUCUUUGGACAGCCCGAAUUAUUUGAAAGAGCCCUCUGUUGGUCGGAUCAUGGUCAGUGGGAGGUUUCCACUGAAAUUUGGCAAUUUAAUUGGCUAUUGAAAGAUAAGCCACAGUCAUCCAUAUUACCACUUCACCGAUAAAAGAUUAUUAAUUUUUAAAAAAAAAGUUUUGGAGACAGGUUCCCUCUCCAUAUUCCCCGGCGGUGGGAUUGGACCCAGCCUUUAGCGUGGGGGGGGGCACCUCCAGCAUGUUGCUUCACUGAUGUGCAUACUGCUCGGAAUAGCAAGUGGCUGUCGAGAAUUUGUUACAAGGAGAUAAUCUGUUUUUACACGGCCUCAGGUGUAAGGGUAUGCUUAAUUAUCAGAGGUUUUAUUCUUCAUCUUGUACUUAAU